CCCGCCCAUCCUCUUUGGCAUCUCCACUCCGGACCAGUUCAGCAGCCGCAGUAGAAACACAGUACCCUCCUCCGCUUUCUCCAUCCUGAUCCUUCCCUGCGGCACCAAUUUCUACAACCCUAAACCUCGCGUUUCACUGCUCUGCCUCUGGCUCCGGAGCCCAAGGCAUUUGUCGCCGUGUUCCUUCUUUUCUCGUACCUUUCUUUGGCUCCACCACCCCCGAAUCCUGCUCACCGUGUCCAUCUGUCGAAGGUUGUGCUUUUGCUUGGUUUCCUCCUCUCUUCUUCGGGCUGCAACUGAUCUCGGCUGCCGGUUCUUGUUUUGCUUUUUGACGUUUUCAGGUCUCUAAAGGAACAGUUGGCGUUUCUCUUCUCUUCAAAUCCAUGGAUCAUGUGGCACCACCGAGAACCAGCACAAGCUCCUCCGGGUCCGGCUUCCUCUUGUCAAAACUGUGCAAGCGGCGAUCCGUCACCGUAUCGUCCUACAACGACAACCCAAAACCUAACUACCGCUCUUCCAGUGCCGAUGCUGGCACUGGCAAUGGCCCCGAUGAUAACCGAGAUGGUAAAGUGCAUCCCCAGCCACUGGAGGAGCCUCUGACUAGAGUCUCCAAGUGCUCAGAAGAAGCUGUGAUCUUGAAGCUAUUCGAUGCCAUUACUGCCCUCAAGUGUGCUUAUGUGCAGCUGCAGCAGGCCCAUCUUCCUUACGAACCCAAGAAGAUAAAGAUGGCGGAUGAUGUCAUGGUGUCUCUGCUGGGGACCCUAUCUAGUCUCCAGGAAGCUUACAGCUCUCGAUCUGCGCUUCACUCGCAGAUUCAGGACUGUCAGGGUGUGUUGGCACAGUUGCAAUCCAAAGCGCGCAUCAAGUAUUCCGAAAUCCGUCGACUGAGGUGGGAAAUGGAGGAGUUGGAAACAGAAAACGCAGCGGUGGAGAAGAUGGUUAGGCAAACAGAGAAGGUGGCGCUCUUCUAUCCUAACUGGGAGGCGACACCCGCUCUGUUUUCCCGUGUCUGCAGAUCCACUGCGAGAUCCUUUCAUGACUUUGCAAAGCCACUUAUUAGCUUGAUGAAAGCUUCGGGGUGGGACCUGGAUCGCGCCGUCAGUUCGCUCGACGAUUCUCUUUUUUUCGCUCAGAGGGUGCACAAGAAGUAUGCGUUGGAAGCAUAUCUGUGUCGGGUAAUGCUCGGCAGGGCAGCUGAGGACGAAAGCGAUCAUGGGUUGAGCAUGAAUCGGUUGGAUCGAGUGAUGACUUCUCAGGAACCUUUUGAUGCCGUGAUGGAGGAUCCAAAUGGUUGGUUUGGUAAAUAUUGCCGAGCAAAGUACGCCCUGGCGGUGCCAUCCAAGAUGGAGCGCUCCUUCUUUGGGAAUCUGGACCAGAGGUCAUUUGUCAUGAGCGGGGGGCAUCCGAGGACUCCAUUUUAUGAGGCAUUUGUGAGGAUGGCCAGAUGGGCUUGGGCGUUGCAGGUGAUGGCCAACUCCUUUAUUCCAAAGGCGGAGAUGUUCUAUGCCAAGAAAGGCCAUGACUUCUCCAAGGAUUUUAUGGAGAGUGUAGCCGAUGGAGUGAUCUGCGAGGAGGAGGGAGGGGAGACGCUUGAAGUUGGAUUUACGGUGACGCCAGGCUUCCGAAUCGGCAGCACCAUCGUGCGCUGCCGGGUCUAUCCGUGCAGGAUGGCGUCUUCCAUCGACGCUUAA